UGCUCUCCCCCCGGGGUGUCAGUCCCGAUGUGCCGUUUGCGAUGUGACGAGGUGGUGCGCGUUUCCCGCCGGAGAAGGAAAUAUGCCCCGAGCCUUCCUCAUCAACAGAAGGAAGUACGCAGAGCCGGAUCGAGAAUCGAGUCCGGAGAAAUGCGUGUGCGAGGCGGAGCCGAAUGACCAAUCGGAUGUGCCGCUCCGAUCGGACGAUGAGGCCUGGACGGAGGAUGUGGGCGCGGGGCGGACCCCCCAGACAACCAACCCCCCCGUGGACGUGGCCUCUCGCCUUCCGCCCCUUCCGCCUCCGCCGAUAGGCGAUCUCUACAACCUCACCCAACUCGCGGAGAUCAGCCUCACGUACUUCAAACAGCGCCUGGACACGGACCUUGAAGCCAACCGGAGUAAAGGGCAAAACAAUGAGGAUGAUGAAAUUUCGGAGAAGAAGGAGAGCCCUGCCCAAGGGCACGUUUGUGGGAAGUGCGGGAAGAGCUACAGCACGUCGAGCAACCUAAUCAGACACCGGCAGACGCAUCGCUCGCCCGAGGACAAGAAGGCGCGAAAGUGCCCUCACUGUGGCAAGAUCUACGUCUCCAUGCCGGCCUUCUCCAUGCACGUCCGCACGCACAACCUCGGCUGCGAGUGUCAUAUCUGCGGCAAGUGCUUCUCCAGGCCCUGGCUCCUCCAGGGACACAUCAGAACCCAUACAGGCGAGAAGCCGUUCAAAUGCUCGGUGUGCGCCAAGGCGUUCGCGGACCGCUCGAACCUGCGCGCCCACGUCCAGACGCACUCCUCGUCCAAGCCGUUCGCCUGCGCCGGCUGCGGCAAGUCCUUCGCGCUCAAGUCGUACCUGUGCAAGCACGAGGAGUCCUCCUGCAGCGCCGCCUCCCAGUUCCGCCGGCCGUCCGACGAGGGCUCUCUGUCUUCGGCGACCUCCGACCCGGACACCCUCCUCGACCUCUCCGACUGGACGGCCAGCCCCAAACGAGCGCCCGCCCCCACCCAUCGGGCUGACCCGGAGGUCCUCCCCAGGUACUACCCCGUCCUCCCACAGCCCAGGCCCAAGGACUCUCCGUUUGCCGCCAUCAGGACGAACGUCAUCCAGAUCUCCUGUGCCGCAUCUAGUGCUCCCAUUUCCCGGAGCUAGUUCCCAAUUCCGGAAUUUUUCAGAUUUGCCCGAAUUUUUCCCGGAACUUUUGAAAGUCCGAAA